CUAGAUGUCAGCUGUUGUCUGUCAAAAGUCAAAUGGGAUUUUUUGUUUAGAAUUUAAAACGAUCAUGGCUUCAAGAAAAAUGAAUCGUUAUGAACGUGCUAAAAGUGAAUGUAUUGAAGGUAGAUGCCAUGUGGGGACUUUAAAAAAGAAUUUCAGACAGAAUUUUAUAAACCGACUAAGGAGUACGCGAAGCAAAAGCGUGGACAGAUUCAGGCAAAUUUGUGAAACCCCUGAGUACUUAGCAUGCCAGAGUAUAACAGACUUUCAUAAACUUUUUGCGAGGGAUUUUGAGGCGACUUCGUUGCUGAAAACUGAAGAAGUCGCAGAUUUAAUACGAGAAAUUGAAGAGGAAUUAAAACAAACCGAGCUACAACUACUAGCAGAAACCCACAUUAAAGAUGAUGACUAUGAAAUUAAUUGUAUUGUCAACAAUUUGAUGAAUAAAUGUUUUGGCUGUAACACUUUAACGCAGUCGUCCAUUUGUGAUAAUUGUAUGCUAGCUAUGAAUAGCAAUGAUUUUUUUUAGAAAUGUGUGUGAUUUAGAAAUUUACUUUGUUUAUUAUUGUGGGACAUGACUUAUUUAUCUCAUGUUUACUUACCUA